CCCUGGAGGAGGAGUUUACUGCAUAUCCCUUUCCACGGGGGUGACGGCUGGUCUCUCUCCUGCUCCAGUAACUGGAGGUGCAAGCUCCCUCUUCACCGGCCUCAACUUCAUUUUUUAGAAGGUCCGGGCUGUGUUCUGCUGCUAAAACCAUGGCACCCAAAAAGAACAAGGCAACCAAAAAGAGCAAGGGAGACAUAAAUGAUAUGGCCCUGAUGGUUGAGAACAGCCCCAUCAACAAGAUUAACGGGCUGAACACUCUGCUUGAAGGCGGAAAUGGCUUUAGCUGCAUUUCGACUGAAGUCACUGAUUCGGUGUAUGCCCCGAACCUCCUUGAAGGUCUGAGCAGCAUGAGAAACGAAAGCUUCCUCUGUGAUCUAACAGUCGCCACCAAAUCAAAGUCAUUUGAUGUGCACAAGGUUGUCAUGGCCUCUUGCAGUGAGUACAUUAGAAACAUCUUGAAGAAGGACUCGACCCUCCAGAAGAUAGACCUGAACGACCUCUCACCGGUUGGCCUCGCUACUGCAAUUACGUACGCAUACUCAGGAAAGCUCACUCUGUCGCUCUACAGCAUUGGCAGCACUAUUGCUGCAGCCAUGCUGCUGCAGAUUGGCACCUUAGUGAAGAUGUGCAGUGACUUCCUCAUGCAGGAGCUCAGUGUGGAGAAUUGCAUGUACGUAGCCAAUAUCGCCGAUGCCUACGACCUCAAAGAAACCAAAGAAGCGACUCAGAAGUUCAUGAGAGAGAACUUCAUUGAGUUUUCUGAGAUGGAGCAGUUCCUGAAGCUAACCUAUGAGCAGAUCAGCGAAUUUCUGUCAGAUGAUUCCCUGCAGCUACCUUCUGAAGUUACAGCCUUCCAGAUUGCCAUGAAAUGGCUGGACUUUGAUGAGAAGAGGUUAAAGUAUGCGGCAGAUCUGCUAACUCACAUCAGGUUUGGCACUAUCACUCCCCAAGACCUGGUGAAUCAUGUCCAAGGUGUGCCAAGAAUGAUGCAGGACCCCGAGUGCCACCGCCUCCUCGUCGAUGCUAUGAAUUACCAUCUGCUUCCGUACCAACAGAACAUCCUCCAGUCACGCAGAACAAAAGUACGUGGUGGUCUCAAGGUGAUUCUCACAGUUGGCGGACGCCCUGCCUUGACAGAGAAAUCUCUCAGCAAAGACGUUCUCUACAGAGAUUCAGAUAACGUGUGGAAUAAGCUGACGGAGAUGCCAGCAAAGAGCUUCAAUCAGUGUGUUGCAGUCCUGGACGGAUUCCUGUAUGUUGCGGGGGGUGAGGACCAGAAUGAUGCAAGAAACCAGGCAAAACAUGCCGUGAGCAACUUCUGCAGGUAUGACCCCCGGUUCAAUGCUUGGAUUCACUUGAGCAACAUGAUCCAGAGGCGCACCCACUUCAGCCUCAACACAUUCAACGGCCUCUUGUUUGCCAUCGGCGGGCGAAAUGCUGAUGGCGUGCAGGCCUCUGUGGAGUGCUAUGUGCCUUCCUCCAACCAGUGGCAGAUGAAAGCACCCAUGGAGGUCCCCCGCUGUUGCCACGCCAGCUCCGUGAUCGAUGGAAAAAUACUCGUAUCUGGAGGUUACAUCAAUAACGCCUACUCCAGGUCUGUGUGCUCUUACGACCCCUCCACCGACACCUGGCAGGAUAAGAGCAGUCUGAGCACGCCUCGAGGCUGGCACUGCGCCGCCACUGUGGGAGACCGCGCCUAUGUCAUCGGCGGAAGCCAACUAGGAGGCCGCGGGGAGAGGGUGGACGUCCUUGCUGUCGAAUCUUACAACCCUCAUAGCGGGCAGUGGAGCUACUGCGCGGCUCUUCACACGGGGGUGAGCACAGCAGGGCUUUCCAUUUUGAAUAACAAGAUCUAUCUCCUCGGUGGUUGGAACGAGGGCGAGAAGAAGUACAAGAAAUGCAUUCAGGUUUACAACCCUGACCUCAAUGAAUGGACUGAGGAUGAUGAGCUGCCAGAAGCCACAGUCGGAAUUUCAUGCUGUGUCGUCACCAUACCGACACGGAAAACACGAGAGUCCAGAGCCAGUUCGGUUUCAUCUGCACCUGUCAGUAUAUAAAGAAUUAGAUCAUAACAACCUUGUACUGUACAUGUCCGGAGGUUUCCAACUUGUCUGCUGCAUAAGCUCCUGAAAAUGGUCCUUAGCUUUCAUGUUAUAUUUGGCAUCAGUAAAGCCAGGUAGUGGUUAUGAAACAGAUACAUUAAUGUAGUAAAUUAUUAAUUUAUCUUCUUUAUUUUUCCUUUCUUUUUUUGACAAAUCUAACUCUGGGGCCAAUUCAGCCAGGAUAAUUUUGUUAGCCUUUUUUUUUCUACAGCAAAUGGAGUGCUAUUUAAAACUCAAAUAUAAGAUAUAAAAUUUCAAGAUUCCUGUUAAAAUUCACUUGCAGCAUAACUAUCUUUUUAGCCCAGUGCCAUGGAAACAAUGUAUGGUCUGACAGUCUUGUUUAUGGUGAUUAUAGCUACUGUGAUUCUCAGAUACUUGAAAAGAAGAAGAAGCUGGAAUAAGUGUUGGCGUCCCCUACCAGGAGUAGGCGCUCAUGUCUGGUGUUUAAACGCACCACGGAGCGAGACUGCAGAUUCUCUGCUUGUGUGCCACGUGCAGCAUUCUGCAGCUUCGCUCUGUAUUGUGUGAUCACCAUAAACACUAUUGCAGCAAAGAAAACAGGUUGGGGUUAGGAACGUGUUGGAACAAUGAGGGCUGAAUGAGUUUAGAUGUGAGGGUGAGACACUGUUUUUGUAAAAAGGACAAAAAAAAGGAACAAGUUAACUCGGGAAUGAUGUUCAGAGCCUGAGCUUUGCUGGAAAUCGUUAUUUAUGGAUUCCCUGACUGCUCACGUGUUUCCAUUUUUUUCUUUGUUUUAAUUAAAGAGAAUAAGGAUAAGCUAGUCUGAGCUGUGGUCAUUUAUUAAAAAACAUUUUUUUAUUGCUUCUCUUGAAAGGCAUACUUUGCAUAAAUCAACAAAUCAGCAUGUGUUGUGUUUACAAAUUUAUAUGUGCUUUUACAGCUUUCUGUGCUUUGUAACUGAAAAGUCCAAUGACCUUUCAAUACAACUCAUAAAGUUUGAAUUUAUGAGUCAGAAACUGGUGGGCACCAGCUGCAAGCAUUACAGCAAAACUUGGCUAACAUGUGCAUUAAAAGUGGCAUUAAUACAAUAGCACAAAGAGCUCAAAUGGAAGCAAAAGCAGAACGUGUUUAAACAGAGCGUAACUUGAUAAGAUAAGAGAUCAUAAAUCACAGUCAAAAGCUGAUGAAGAGAACUGAUUUCAUAACUUGGAUAUUUCACUGUUAAGUCUGUAAAGUCACACUGGCCUUUAUGACAAGCCCUUGAGGCACAUUAGGCAUAUGACAUGCUCAUCUACGUUGCCUGUACCACAAUGUCUGAUUUCCAAACUAGCUGUGAGUUUGCUCAUAUAUCUGAGCUGUUGACUCCAUAUGUCCCCUCGAGGUCACUGAGGCCUGCUAGUCCCAAAAACCUCAAAUGAAAAACAGCUGCGAUUGAGCUUUUUCAGCUAUGGCCCCCAAACUUUGGGGGGCUAUAGGAUCGGCCCCCUUGUUGCCUGUUUUUAAAAUACGUCUUAAAGCUCAUUUUUACUCUUUGGCUUUUACUGAGAAUGAGAGUGGUGUUUUCUUACCUUGUACUUAUUAAUCUUUUUAUUGUUUUAUUGUGUUGUUUUGGUGCUUUGUACACUACUUUGUCAAAGUCCGUUGUUUUAAAAAAAGAAAUGCUUCAUAAAUAACAUUGGAUUGGAUUGUUUGACGGUACAAACCUUAAACUGAAUGAUUAUCAGCGGGAUUUAGUAGUGCGGGGUUUUCACAGCGUCGUUGGUAAACAGGCUGGAGUAGCAAAGCGGCAUUCCUGUCUUCUAAAAUAUGAAAGAGAUAUGCACCUUUUGUUUCUGGUCUUAAUUCAGUCUUUAUAGGCCCCAUGAUGUUUGCAAUGUCUUUGACACAUCAUUUUGAAUCUCUGCACAUACACAGAAAACAAUAUACAGUGAAAGUCUCCAUGAACAUUGAUUGCAUGAAUCAUUCUCCAGCAGAGUUUAGUGUAACUAAAGUGGUUUAGUAGUUUUUGGAAACUUAUCUAUAAUAUAUUUGUCCUUAUCUUUAAUGUCCUAAAAUGUCUGCCUGAGGACAACAGCAAUUCAAACAGAAAGUCUGAAUGGUUGUUUUUAAUGUUGCCUUGUGCUUUUUGGGGGGGCAGUGGAAGCUCUCCACCCUCUCCUAACCGCUCUAAACCCCAUACAGUGGCAGCACAUGCUUUGGCUUAAUAAUCUAAUCUUUAUAAUCUAGCUGCAGUACUUCACAAUCCUCCAGCCUUUGCCAUACCUUUUUGCUUUCCAGACACUCAAAGAAAGAAACAAGUAAUUAAUAUAACAAAAGAGACAAAGCAAUUAUUAUAUAAGUAUGUAACCAUACACGUGGAGAAUGUGUCAAGCGUUUUGUAAAUUACAUAAACAUGAAGCUUAUUUAAGUGAGAGUGUGAAAAGGGAUUUUUUUCUGUACCUACAAGCAAAAAUCACAGGAAGUUGGUGCUACAGGCAACCUACAUGAGUAUAUCAUAUGUUUAGCACGGCCUGUCAUAAAGGCGAACGUGACUUUACAGCCUGAACAAUUAAAUAUGUGAGUUAUGAUCAUGUUUUGACUGUGAUUUAUGAUCUCUUAUCUGAUCAUGUUCUGCUCCGUUUACACAUUUUUUGCUAUUGCAUUAACAUCACUUGUAAUGUACAUGUUAGCCAGGUUUUGCUAUGGUCUUCACUUACAGCUGCUGCCCGCCACUUUAGUAACUCAUAAAUCCUCAAUUCAAAGCAAAAUAUUCAUUUAUAAUAAAAUAAAAAAUUUAAAAAAUAAAAUUGCAUCCCACAUGUAUUUAAACAAGCUGUAAACCGAGUCUCACAAAUGUAUUUUACUAUAUAUUUGUGAAUACAACUUAAGAAACUCUUAAUAUUUGGACAAAAACAUUAUAUCGACAGUGACAUUGCUUUCAGUGAUUGCCUCUAAGUGACUGUGCAGGUUUUAUCGACACAGAGGGGUGUGACCUGAGCAGUCGAUUGUGUUUGGUUAAACCACAUCCUUAAAUCUUUAUUUGGCUAUGAGUGUAAUCAUUCAUAACCCUACAAGCUAUUUUGUCAACUCAUGCAUAUACAGUCUAUCCUCGCCCUCUCACAAGAGUGCUGUAUCAUUAUUACAUUUACUUUUGCAAAUUUGCCUUAGUAUGAAUUUGCAUUUAAGUGUUUUUCCUCCAGUUGGUACAUCCGACACUCUACCCUAAACAUGACUCGUUCGUUUUAGUGCUGUGGAAACUAAGGGUAAAUAAGUUACCCUGCAAAAAUAAACAAACAGGACAUGGCUGCUUUUGAUUUUGCUUUCUGUAGUCUUCCUCAUCUAUUCUUUACUUUUAAAAAACAAAACAAAGAGGGAGCCAAUGAUCAGAAAACUCCAAACGAACAUGAAACCAAAAAACUAAAGAAACGAAAAGCUUGCCUUAUGUCAGAUAAACAACUGUGUUUUUAUUUUGUGUUUUGUGUAUACAAGGAGGCACAUUUGCUCUGGCAAAAUGAUAUUUUGUCUUUAAUAGUCAUUGUUCUUAAUGUAAUAACCCUCUUUUUUCAUAUAUAUAAGAAUAAAUUCCAUGUAAAUGUAUAUGUUCAUUAUUUAUUUUUUAAGAUAGAAAGUCACAUAAUACAAGUUUUGAUAAUUAAGCCUAAAGUGAAUGUUUGAUACUUUGCCAUACAGCAGGUUAACUUGAGUUGGCGUGGAUUCUGGUCUUACCAGAAUAAUAAGUUCAUAAUUAUGGAAAAGACAAUGGCAAACAGUAAUCUGCGUUAGAAGAGGUCAACAUGUAAAGAGAAUAUGAAAGAUUUCCCUGCAGUCAAAUCCACAGGAAGGAAGACUUAAAGAAGUCCAGACGCUUUUCUUUGCAAACUCCUUUGACCACAGGAAGGAAGGACUCACUCUCUGUGAAGUUCAGUGCCCCAUUUUGCCAUUAUCAUUUUAAGAUUUAUAGACUCUGGCUAAAUCUGUUCCCGGCUAGAAAGACAGGAUGAGAGACGUUGCCUGUGGAGCCUUGCUGAUGACCCUAUAGAAAAAAAUAAACCUUCAAUAAAGUCUUUGAUUAUU